AUGCCGGCUAUGAGUUCGACAUUUGCUUCACCUCGGUACAGAAACGGGCCAUCCGUACCCUCUGGACCGUCCUGGAUGCCAUCGAUCAGAUGUGGUUACCCGUUAUCCGAACCUGGCGCCUGAACGAGAGGCACUACGGGGCCCUCACCGGUUUGAACAAGGCUGAGACGGCAGCGAAGCAUGGUGAGGCGCAGGUGAAGAUCUGGAGGCGCUCGUACGACAUCCCUCCACCUCCCAUGCAGUCCGAUCACCCCUUCUACAGCACCAUCAGCAAGGACCGUCGGUACGCUGACCUGACAGAGGACCAGCUGCCAACGUGCGAGAGCCUGAAGGACACCAUCGCCCGGGCUCUGCCUUUCUGGAAUGAGGAAAUCGUUCCACAGAUCAAAGAGGGAAAGCGAGUCCUUAUUGCUGCCCACGGUAAUAGCCUGCGUGGGAUUGUCAAGCACCUGGAAGGGCCAUGAGUGACAGUGCCUCUGUCUUCUGGGGCCAUUAUGGAGCUGACCCUGCCCACCGGCAUCCCUAUCGUCUAUGAGCUGGAUAAGAACCUGAAACCUGUCAAGCCCAUGCAGUUCCUGGGGGAUGAGGAGACGGUGCGCAAGGCCAUGGAGGCUGUCGCUGCUCAGGGCAAGGUCAAGAAGUGA